UACUCGUUUGUUAUGGUGUUAAAGUGUUAUACAAUUUGUAUUCUUAUUCUUGUAUUUGUUAAAAUGAAAAGAAGCUAUCAAAGUGGGGCAAAGAAAAGGCAAGACAAGAAGAAAAGAGAAGAGGAUGCUUCAAAGUGUUCUUCCACCCUAUCUGCUUGGUUAUGUCCUACUACUAGUACUACUACAACUAAAAGUACUAAUGUCACAUCUACAUCUAGUACUGAAACUAGACCAAUAAUUGCCUCAGUCCCAGGAAAUGAGAUUGAAGAGGAAGUUACAGCUCAAGAUAACGCUGAAGAAAGUAUUGAUGAAGAAGUAACAUGCCUAGGGCUAGGUCAUCAACAAGAAAAUUGUGCCAAACCUCCAACAAGUCCUACGUCAAGCAGUGAACUGAUCGGCGUAAAUGAUCAAGUAAGUAGACAUGCCAAGUACAGAAUACUUAUAUUAUAUUUUUCAACAUAACAACAUAUGCUGUUUUAUCGCCCUAAACAUGGAAUCCCUACGAUAAAAUAUUCCAUGGUUACAUGGAAGUAAACAGUAUUACUUCCAUGUAAACAUGGAAUUACAGUAAGUCCCUAUUGUUAUGAUCAUGUUUGUAAGAAAAAAAUACUAAUGCAUUGCAAUCUACUUACAGGUGGAAUGUAGCCGGACGAAUAAAAUUAAUGAA